UUGCCUCAUAGUUUGUAGUAAAAUCUUCUAGAGGUGAUCUGAACUCUAGACAGCUUUCAAACUAUAGAAGACCUAACUUCUCUCACUGAGUUUUGGCAAGUUUAUUCAGGUAUUUUUGUUUUCACCCCCUUUGGAGUUUAACUUUCAAGUGCAUAAAUAAGACAUUUUUCAGAUGUUUAUAUUCUGCUUAUCUUAAAACAUUUAAAUGUAUUUAAUCUGACUUAUUAACUGGGGUUUUAUGAAUUCAUAAUACUUGAUAGCAUUUCUUCUUUAUUCAGAAUAUUAGUGUCUGGGAUCAAUCUCAAGCAAGACUUUUAAUUCCUCACUGAAGCUGUGUAUUUCAGAGCAGCCAAACUUGUGCUUUGCUCUACCCUCAUGGUCAAUGGGUACUAGGCUUUUGCUUUUGGAAGAAGACAUAAGAGUGCUUACAAUGCAAGCGAAAGCUCUGGUCGGUCAGUUUUUUUUAGUGAUCUGCAACCUUUGCCGUCUUUCAACUAAAGUUAAAUGCCCAUAUUGUCAACUUGCUAUAUAAAGUUGUUAAGAAGGGAUGUGACCUCUCUUAAAAUUUGUUUGAGGGAAAAAAGUCAAAUGCUCCUCCUUUCCCCCCCAGCUACUGAAGAUAAUUUUUCAUGGUUCUUGCUGUCUAACAUAGUGCUAUCUCAAUGACCUCCAAGACUAUAGAAACUUAAAUUACUACUGGAGAUAGAUAACGGGCAUAAAAAAAGUACACUAAUUCUUAAAACAAAGUAACCCCAAAUAAACACACAUUUUUAAACCUUUGUUUCUGCUGCAUGGUUUUUGAAUCCCCAGGAAGAUCUGUGUGUUUUUGUCAUUUGUUCUUCUUGCUGCUUAUACCUUCCUGUUUCCAUGAGACAAAAUAAGAGGAAAAUUGGAAUUUUAAUAUUUUCUGCCAGUUUAAUGAACAGAGUCAGUAUGAAUGGCAGAGGCUGUAAGGGGGAAGUGACAGAAGCAUGUUACUGAGAGCCAUGGGAUUAUCUUUGUAUCUUUUUCAUUAUUUCUACAGUUACUGUCAGCAAGGUCUCAUGGACUGCCUUACAAUUUUUUACAACUUGUUAAAAAAGCAUGUAGAGAAAGUUUUUCCUUUCUUUAUUAUUUCUAAAGAAUACUGAAUUCUAUCAGCUUUGGUCUCAGGAGUUCACUGACACUAAAGAAAGAUAGCAAGCUGUAAAUGAUAGGGCAACAAGAAACUGCAUACUUUCAAAGAUUAUAAACCAAAAAAUAAACAUAUAUCCAGGUAUUUCCAGAAAUGUAUACUCAAUAUAUCCAUAGGUUUGUAUACUGAAUAGAUCAGUUCAUUUGUUUACUGUGUAAUUAAUCACAAAGGUGCUGAGUUAAUUAAAUCUUCCACAACAGAAGGGUGGCUGUACCACUUGCUGAGCAUUUUGAGAGCAACGGAGUUUGAGGCAUGGUGGGUGAUGGAGCUCUGGAGGAGAAAGUGUAUAGGUUUUAGGAAAGUAAUGCAUUUUUCUCUUCAAGUAUUUAAUUGAAAAACCUAUUGGAAGAAUGCCAAAGACAUUUAUGAGCUCCCUGGGUCUUUGAAAGACAUAUGAUCAACUUCCACAAGAUGAGCAAUUUUCCUUGUUGUAAUCCUUGCAUAGUUAAUGCUUUGCUAUGUUGAAGUUAAGAAGUUAAACCUGCCUUGAUUAAUAGUAAGUUGUCUGGAAAAUGAUCUUCUAAUGACUAUGUAUUGCCUAAAGUGAAUACAGGAUGAGUUUUUAGUGACAAAAUUCAUGAUUCAUUAAAACUGUCUACUGACCAGUUGUUAGUUGAUGAGGGUCUGCAAGGAAUUACUGAAUGAUUUUAGGGCAUGUAGUGACUGGCAUAGUGAUGAAGCAGGUGCUGAUUUCUUGCAGGCAUUUGGAGUAGUACGUCACUAAUGCUACUAAUGUAUACAUUGCCAGCUGUUAGGAGUUGUUGAAACCUUUUAUCAAUUCAUCCCAUUACUGCAGUCUGCUGCCUCUAGGUGUUUCCUCUGGCACCAUUUAAAUAAUUUUGGACUACACAGGAAGAUGUUUUGGGUUUGGAAUUUUCAUUGAUCUUAGUGUAACACAGCAGUAGGUAGCACUAGAGAAGAGAAGCUGGUGUCUAAAUCACAUGGUCAAAAACCUGUUGAAUCCAAUCUCCUUGUUUUCUGUAAUGAAGGCCUUCAAGUGUCUGUCAAACUGGAUGACAAUCUCUUCCUCAUGCCAGCUCUGAUACUCCUCUGGUCCAUAUCAUCUACUCAAUUCAGAUUGCUGAGCCAGUAGAAAACUUGCCUGGGUCAAGGAAAAAAAAAUACAACUUGGUUAUAUUGUCCUGAAUUAUUUUUCUCUCAUAGAGUCAGACAAGUGUCAAAGCUGUUAGAGAAGGGAAGGAGCAGUGACAGUGGGGUGCUUCAUUGAGCACUAGAUUGUCAUCAGAUCAGAUCUACAGUGUCAUGAAAACUAAUCUCAAAUUACUACUUCUCACCAGUUCAUUGAAAUAAUUGUAGCACGUUUUUCUCAACUUUGUACUUCCUCACUUACUGUUUAUAGCUGCUGUUGUAAACAAGUGUGUUAUGACAGUAGUUUUGUGGAGUUUUGGAUAAAAAUCAGCUGUGGUAAAUCCAGGAUAGGAACUAAAGUGAAGAAAAAAUUAUGCUAUAAAAAUUAAAUAAAAAACUAUUUGAUUUGCCAACAAUUCUUUAGGUGAAUCUUUGAUUUACCAGCUAUUCUGAGAUAUGAACAACCUUUUAAUAAAAGUAACUAUAAUCAGUGCAGUAAUCAACAUGGAAUACAUAGACUGGCUAUUAGCUUGGAAAAUUCACAUCUGAAGUUAUGCCUAGUUUAAAACCUCUCAUUUUUACCUAGUGGUAAUUUGUAGUUGUGACUCCAUAAUUAGGAAUCUGUACAAGAAAUGGCUUAAAAUUCUAGGACUUAUUUCCCUUUUUGCCUCAAAUGUAGUGAUUUUAUGCUCCAAAACACUAAUACAAUUAGAUACAAAUCAAUGACUUAACUUCAAGUUAUUAAAUUUUAGUAAAAAUUAAUGUUUACCUCUAUCCAGCUUUCCAUUCUUAUGAAAGUGGUGGAGUGAGGUUUUUUUGUAAUGAUGUGCUCAAGAUCUUGGGUAUAAUUUCAUUUGCUUUUAAAUGGGCUUCAAAGCUCAGUUUUUCCAUUUUAGUGAGGGAAGGGAAAAAUCUUUGUCCUAGUUUAAAAGAAACAAACAAAACCCUUUAAACCGACUAUCAUUAUCCUCAAACAAACCCAAACAAAUCUCUAGUUUGUUUACCAUGAACCUGAUAGAAAUUUUUAAUCACUCACUUGAAAUUAGAGCUUUAGGACUCCACACUAUCCAGAGCAGAAUUUGCUAUAUAAUUAUAUAGGAAAUUCAAAAGUAACAAGUUAUAAUAGUUGAAAGAGGUAGGUUACCUUUGCAAAUCAGGUACACUUCCUUGCUUGGGUUUUUUUUUUUCCCCAGCUUGAGUAAGAUAUUUCUCCCCAUCCCAUGAAUCUGCCAUCAGAGUAGAACUAGGGGUGGGCUUAGGCUAUACAAAUUUUCCAAACCAUGUUUUUUGUGUUGUUUAUUUUUUUUCUCUGUAGGCUAAACUCAAUUUUAUGGUAAAAAUUGACUGCAGUUUUUGUUAAAACUUGUAAUUGGAUUGUAAUACUAUGCAGCUGUGGUAGAUAUACUGGCUCUUUAAGUAAGAAGGUCCAAAAUGUAAACAAUGUGCUUUUCAAUGUUACAGGUUGAGUGUGGGCUAAACUCUUGUGUCCUGUUGGGUUUAAAAGGUAAAUAAGGUUUACAAAUUUCAGUUAACUGGCACACUUCAGGAACAUGGUUUGAGUGGAUGUGUAAUUUUCCUAUGAAGAAGUAGCCAAUGCUGAAAGCCAGGAGUAUUUUAGUUAAUAUUAUGAUACUGUCAAGAGGGUUACUUAAAGAGACAAAUUAAGAAAACUUUAGAUGAUUUAAAAUUUGCCUUUCUAAUUACAGGGUACAUGAUCAGAGGUGCUACUCAAAACAGUAUGUUUUUUUCCUGUUAGGCACCUGAGGAGCAUAGGAGCUGACCUUGGGCUCUAGUUUGAUAUACAUUUUAGAUGGCAUUUCUGCCUAGAUAAAAAUUUGCCCCCCAGGCAUGUCCUGGUAUUUGUUAUUAAGCUUCAUUGGAGCAAGCAUUUCUGAACUUUUAUGCUGCCCUUCACUUCUGUGCUGCUUCAUGGAUGUCUUCAGAGAGUCUGGGUUUGAUUGACCUCUGGAGAAACAUAGUCUGACCUGCUGGAUUUGGUCAUCUGCACAGAGUACUGUGAGAAUAAAUGAGGGUCAUUCCUUGUCAGUCACCAGGAAUGUACCUGCCAGGCCGUUACUGUUUUCUUUUGGUUACCUAGGGUGAAACAAAAUUACAGGCUUGGAGACUCUGGAAAAGCUCAGCAUCAGCGUUUGAGAGUCAAGGCUUGCAAAUUAUGUGAUUAAUCUACAAGCUGAUAUCAUGAUGUCAAAAUGCAAUUCGGGAAGCAUAAACACAGAGACUGUGGAAAUUAAAACGUAGGCUGUGCUGGAACAAAAAUGCAAUGAAAGAAACACUGGAUGAAUGAAUGAAAAGCCCUGCUUUGCAAUCCCUCAGCAUGGCGGGACUGCAGCUCAUGACCCCUGCUUCCUCCCCAAUGGGUCCUUUUUUUGGACUACCAUGGCAACAAGAAGCAAUUCAUGAUAACAUUUACACACCAAGAAAAUAUCAGGUUGAACUGCUUGAAGCAGCUUUGGAUCAUAAUACAAUAGUCUGCUUAAACACUGGCUCAGGGAAGACUUUUAUUGCAGUACUACUCACUAAAGAGCUGUCCUAUCAGAUCAGGGGAGAUUUCAACAAAAAUGGAAAAAGAACUGUGUUCUUGGUCAACUCAGCAAAUCAAGUUGCUCAGCAAGUGUCAGCUGUCAGGACACAUUCAGACCUUAAAGUGGGAGAGUAUUCAAGUUUGGAGGUAACUGAAUCAUGGACAAAAGAGAAGUGGAGUCAAGAAUUCUCUAAGCAUCAGGUUCUGGUUAUGACGUGUCAUGUUGCUUUGACUGUUUUGAGAAACGAGUAUUUAUCCCUGUCAAAUAUUAAUCUUCUGGUGUUUGAUGAGUGCCAUCUUGCAAUCCAGGAUCAUCCAUACCGUGAAAUUAUGAAGAUCUGUGAGGAUUAUCCAUCAUGUCCUCGAAUUUUGGGAUUAACAGCUUCCAUUUUAAAUGGGAAAUGUGAUCCUGCUGAGUUAGAGGAGAAGAUCCAGAAACUGGAGAAAAUUUUGAAGAGCAAUGCUGAAACUGCAACUGAUUUGGUGGUCUUAGACAGAUAUACUUCUCAGCCAUGUGAGAUUGUUGUAGACUGUGGACCAUAUACUGACAAAAGUGGGUUGUAUGGAAGAUUAUUAAUGGAAUUGGAUGAAGCACUUGCUUUUCUAAAUGACUGCAACAUAUCUGUACAUUCAAAAGAAAGAGAUUCUACCUUAAUUUCUAAGCAGAUAUUGUCAGACUGUCGAGCUGUGUUGGUUGUUCUGGGACCGUGGUGUGCAGAUAAGGUAGCUGGGAUGAUGGUGAGAGAGCUGCAGAAGUAUAUCAAACAUGAACAAGAGGAGCUGCACAGGAAAUUUUUAUUGUUUACAGACACUUUCCUAAGGAAAAUACAUGCACUCUGUGAAGAGCACUUCUCGCCUGCCUCACUUGACCUGAAAUUUGUGACCCCAAAAGUAAUAAAGCUGCUUGAAAUCUUGCGCAAAUACAAACCAUAUGAACGGCAGCAGUUUGAAAGUGUUGAAUGGUAUAACAAUAGGAAUCAGGAUAAUUACGUAUCUUGGAGUGAUUCUGAAGAUGAUGAUGAGGAUGAAGAAAUUGAGGAGAAAGAGAAGCCAGAGACUAAUUUCCCAUCUCCCUUUACUAAUAUUUUAUGUGGAAUUAUUUUUGUGGAAAGAAGAUACACAGCAGUUGUUCUAAAUAGGUUGAUAAAAGAAGCUGGCAAGCAAGAUCCAGAACUGGCUUACAUCAGUAGCAAUUUUAUAACUGGACAUGGCAUUGGCAAGAACCAGCCUCGUAGCAAGCAGAUGGAAGUAGAAUUUAGAAAACAGGAAGAGGUUCUUAGAAAAUUUCGAGCACAUGAGACCAACCUACUUAUUGCUACAAGUAUUGUAGAAGAGGGUGUUGACAUACCAAAAUGCAACUUGGUGGUGCGUUUUGAUUUGCCCACAGAAUACCGUUCCUAUGUGCAGUCAAAAGGAAGAGCUAGAGCACCAAUUUCCAAUUACAUUAUGUUAGCAGAUACAGACAAAAUCAAAAGUUUUGAAGAAGAUCUUAAGACAUACAAAGCCAUUGAGAAGAUCCUCCGAAACAAAUGCUCAAAAUCUGUUGAUGCCAAUGAAACUGAAACUGAACCCAUUGUUGAUGAUGAUGAUGUCUUUCCACCCUAUGUAUUGAGGCCAGAUGAGAACAGUCCAAGGGUUACUAUUAACACUGCUAUUGGACACAUAAAUAGGUACUGCGCUAGAUUACCAAGUGAUCCAUUUACACACCUGGCUCCCAAGUGUAAGACCCGGGAACUGCCUGACCAUACGUUUUACUCUACUCUCUACCUGCCAAUCAACUCACCUCUUCGAGCUUCAAUUGUUGGCCCUCCAAUGAGUUGUGCAAGACUGGCUGAGAGAGUUGUUGCUCUUAUUUGCUGUGAAAAACUGCACAAAAUUGGUGAACUGGAUGAUCAUUUGAUGCCAGUUGGUAAAGAAACGGUUAAAUAUGAGGAGGAACUUGAUUUACACGAUGAAGAAGAAACCAGUGUUCCAGGAAGGCCAGGCUCUACCAAACGAAGACAGUGCUAUCCUAAAGCUAUUCCAGAGUGUUUGAGGGAUAGUUAUCCCAAACCUGAUCAGCCCUGUUACUUGUAUGUAAUAGGAAUGGUGUUAACGACUCCUCUACCUGAUGAGCUCAACUUCAGGAGAAGAAAGCUGUAUCCUCCCGAGGAUACAACAAGAUGUUUUGGCAUAUUGACAGCCAAACCUAUACCUCAAAUUCCUCACUUUCCUGUGUAUACUCGCUCUGGAGAGGUUACAAUAUCCAUUGAGCUUAAGAAAUCUGGUUUUACUCUGUCUCUGCAAAUGCUUGAGCUGAUUACACGACUCCACCAGUACAUUUUUUCACAUAUUCUUCGUCUUGAGAAACCUGCACUAGAGUUCAAACCUACAGAAGCUGAUUCAGCCUAUUGUGUUCUACCUCUAAAUGUUGUUGAUGACUCCAGCACUUUGGACAUUGACUUUAAGUUUAUGGAAGACAUUGAGAAAUCUGAGGCACGUACAGGCAUUCCCAAUACACAGUAUACAAAAGAAAUGCCUUUUAUUUUCAAGUUAGAAGAUUACCAGGAUGCCGUUAUCAUUCCACGAUACCGAAAUUUUGAUCAGCCUCAUCGAUUCUACGUAGCUGAUGUAUACACUGAUCUUACUCCACUCAGUAAAUUCCCUUCCCCUGAAUAUGAAACUUUUGCUGAGUAUUAUAAAACAAAGUAUAAUCUUGACCUUACUAAUCUUAACCAGCCACUGCUGGAUGUGGACCACACAUCUUCAAGACUUAAUCUUUUGACUCCUCGCCAUUUGAAUCAGAAGGGAAAAGCACUUCCACUGAGCAGUGCUGAGAAGAGGAAAGCAAAAUGGGAAAGUUUGCAGAAUAAACAGAUACUGGUUCCUGAGCUCUGUGCUAUACAUCCUAUUCCAGCAUCAUUGUGGAGAAAAGCAGUUUGCCUCCCCAGCAUACUUUACCGCCUACACUGCCUUUUGACAGCAGAGGAACUGAGAGCUCAAACAGCCACUGAUGCUGGUGUAGGGGUUAAAUCACUUCCUGCAGAUUUCAGAUAUCCUAACCUGGACUUUGGAUGGAAAAAGUCUAUUGACAGCAAGUCCUUCAUCUCUCUUCCUAACUCCUCUGUAGUAGAGAAUGAAAAUUACUGUAAGCACAGCACAAUUGUUGUCCCUGAAAAUGCUGCACAUCAAGGUGCUAAUAGAACCUCUUCUGCAGAAAACCAUGACCAAAUGUCUGUGAGUUACAGAACAUUGCUCAAUGAGUCACCCAGUAAACUCCAAAUUGAUGUCUCGGUAGAACUUGCAGCAAUUAAUGGUGUUUCUUAUAAUAAAAAUCUUGCCAAUGGCAAUUGUGAUUUAGUUAACAAAGACUUUUGCCAAGGAAAUCAGCUGAAUUACUGCAGGCAGGAAAUACCUGUACAACCAACUACCUCAUAUCCCAUUCAGAAUUUAUACAACAGUGAGAACCAGCCCAAGCCCAGCAAUGAAUGUACUCUACCGAGUAAUAAAUACCUUGAUGGAAAUGCUAACAGAUCUACCUCAGAUGGAUGCCCCAUAGUGGCAGUGACCACCAGUACUUCAAAAGCUAUUAAUCUUUCAAAAGACAGAGCAGAUUCUGAAAAGAGCCCUUGCAGUGGGUACUCCUCAAAAACUCUCGGUCCUAAUCCCGGUCUCAUUCUUCAAGCUUUGACUCUUUCAAAUGCUAGUGAUGGAUUCAACCUGGAGCGGCUAGAGAUGCUUGGUGAUUCAUUUUUAAAGCAUGCCAUCACUACAUACUUGUUUUGCACUUACCCUGACGCUCAUGAGGGACGGCUGUCAUACAUGAGAAGCAAAAAAGUCAGCAACUGUAACUUGUAUCGCCUUGGAAAAAAGAAAGGACUGCCAAGUCGCAUGGUGGUGUCGAUUUUUGAUCCCCCAGUCAAUUGGCUUCCUCCUGGUUACAUAGUAAAUCAGGACAAGAGCAACACUGACAAAUGGGAGAAAGAUGAAAUGACAAAGGAAAACAUGUUGGCUAAUGGUAAACUUGAUGAUUAUAAUGAUGAUGAAGAGAAUGAAGACCUAAUGUGGAGGUUGCCCAAGGAGGAAACAGACUUUGAAGAUGAUUUUCUGGAGUAUGAUCAGGAGCAUAUCAAAUUCAUCGAUAAUAUGUUAAUGGGAUCAGGGGCUUUUGUGAAGAAAAUUUCACUCUCACACUUUUCAACCACUGAUUCAAACUAUGAAUGGAAAGCACCCAAAAAGUCAUCCGUGGGUAAUGUUCAGUGUUCAUCAGAUUUUGAUGAUUUUGACUAUAGCUCUUGGGAUGCUAUGUGCUAUCUGGAUCCUAGCAAGGCUGUUGAAGAGGAUGAUUUUGUAGUGGGCUUCUGGAAUCCAUCAGAGGAAAACUGCGGUGUUGAUGCAGGAAAACAGUCCAUCUCCUAUGACUUGCAUACAGAGCAGUGUAUUGCUGACAAGAGCAUUGCAGACUGUGUGGAAGCCCUGUUGGGCUGCUAUCUGACCAGCUGUGGUGAAAGAGCUGCUCAGCUUUUCCUGUGUUCCUUGGGGCUGAAGGUGCUCCCUGUAAUUAAAAAGACUGAUUGGGAAGGCACUCUCUGUGCUACCGCAGAGAACUGUAACAGUGAGCAGAAAAAUCAUUCACCAAAUUCUGUUUCUGCUUCUGUAGCUAAUUCAGAGCCUUCUCUGUGUAAAGACCUGGAGUAUGGCUGUUUGAAGAUUCCACCAAGGUGUAUGUUUGAUCACCCAGAUGCUGAAAAAACCCUAAAUCACCUUAUUUCUGGUUUUGAAAACUUUGAGAAGAAAAUAAAUUACAGUUUUAAGAACAAGGCUUAUCUUCUUCAGGCAUUUACUCAUGCCUCUUACCAUUAUAAUACCAUUACUGAUUGUUACCAGCGCUUAGAAUUCCUGGGAGAUGCAAUUUUGGACUACCUCAUAACCAAGCACCUUUAUGAAGACCCACGGCAACACUCUCCAGGAGUUCUUACUGACCUACGAUCUGCUCUAGUCAAUAAUACCAUUUUUGCAUCAUUAGCUGUAAAGUAUGACUACCACAAGUACUUCAAAGCUGUCUCUCCUGAACUGUUUCAUGUUAUUGAUGACUUUGUGCAGUUUCAAAUGGAAAAGAAUGAAAUGCAAGGAAUGGAUUCUGAGCUCAGAAGAUCUGAAGAAGAUGAAGAAAAAGAGGAAGACAUUGAAGUACCAAAGGCCAUGGGGGAUAUAUUUGAGUCCCUUGCUGGUGCCAUUUAUAUGGAUAGUGGAAUGUCCUUGGAAAUGGUUUGGCAAGUGUACUAUCCAAUGAUGAGGCCACUAAUAGAAAAAUUUUCUGCAAAUGUGCCCCGUUCUCCAGUGCGAGAGCUGCUGGAAAUGGAGCCAGAGACAGCCAAAUUUAGUCCUGCGGAAAGAACUUACGAUGGAAAGGUCAGAGUUACAGUGGAAGUUGUAGGAAAGGGAAAGUUUAAAGGUGUUGGCAGAAGCUACAGGAUUGCCAAAUCUGCAGCUGCGAGAAGAGCACUACGAAGCCUCAAAGCAAAUCAACCUCAGGUCCCAAACAGCUGAGACUCCUCUUAAAAAUAAAUGAAAUGGGGAAAAAAUAACAUACAAAUAAAGCAAAUUUUUAAAAAAACGUUGAUGUUGAGAGGAACAAAUUGGAAGACAGAAUUUAAAGUUUGAUAACAGAAUAGAUAACAAAACAUUUAACAUGUAUAAAAUUUUGGAACUAAUUGUAGUUAUAGUUUUUUGCGCAAACACAAUCUUGUCUUCUUUCCUCACUUCUGCUUUGUUUAAUCACGAGAGUGCUUUAAUGAUGAUAUUUAGCAAGUGUUCAGAAUAAUUGUUGUCAGGUCUUUUUGGUUUACUUUUCUUGUCAGUACAGCUUUGCUUAGUAUUAGAAGGCCAGGGAGCUUAUGCCUAAUGCAGUUGUUAGAUUUAUAUAUAUAGUAAUCUUGGAAUUCUUCAAUCUGUGCACUAGUGCCAGUCAUAAUGCAGUUGAUAAACUGUACUGGAUGAUUGGGUAUAAGAAAGAUUAAGUGUGCCAGUAUUCUCCUUUUUAUUUUCCUUUUUUUUUUCUCUCCAUGUCAUCUUUUUACAUUAAGAUGGCAUUCCCAAUCAUUAUUGCACUUAUUUGUUAGGGACAGAUUUUAAUUGAAGUGGCUGGCAUACUGGUAGAGUGAAACUUUGGUUUCCUUAUGCCACACAGUCUUGCAUAAAAAAAGGUUCUUGCCUUAAAAAUAAAUAAACCCUCAUUAAUAAUCUUUAAUUUCUGAUCUUUUUUGGAACAAACUGUUUUACAUUCCCUUCAUUUUCUUAUGCAUUUUACAAUGAUACAGCUCUAUAUUUACAGUACAACUCAUUACUAUAGCUGUGACUUAUUACAGGAUUAUAAUAGAAAUUAUAUUCAUAUAUAUGUAAUUAGGUUAUUUUUAACAAUUCUGAGGAGGUGGUUAGUCUACAGUUUUUUUUAUACCAUAAACGAAAUAUGGUCUUUGGCUAAAGUUCCAAUUUUACACAAACCUGCAAGCUAAAUAGUUCCAAUACUGGAAACAGCAACAAAUAAUUGCACAGUGCAAACUGUCACUAACAAAAUAACCUUAGACAUAUCACACCUAAGAUAUGCUGCAGAUUUUAUAGUCAAUUGGUUACGUAUUUAACAAACAGAGCACCUUUACACUUAGAGAUAUUUCCACGUAAAUUUCUUACUGUACUUUUCAGAGUUGCAUGCAUAUUUCAUCUACCAAAGCUGUGCUGUUAAAUAACAUGAAAGUUGAUGUUUGAGAUAUAACUGCCGUACUUUUGAUACAUCCGUGAUUUAGGUCCUUAAUUUAGAGAAACUAGCUCAUUGGUGUUUUGGUCUACUGGGAGCGUGGGGGGAAAUCAUACUUGUGUAUUUUUUAGGCUUUGCCUAUACUUCUUUAAUUAGAUUUUUGUAGGCACUCUUCACUUAAAUACCUCAGUUCUUUUCUUCUCUUUUCCUUUUUAUUUUUGCAUGCAUUGGUUUUUUUUCUGUUUUGGUGCUAUGUUUAUAUAUUAUGCUUGAAAUUUUAAUUUUUUGCACUGUAACUAUAAUACCUCUUAAUUUACCUUUUAAAAAAAGCUGUGGGUCUUGUAUUCCCACCAGUAUCAGUAGAGGUUUGCUGCAAUUUUGCCCUGUUAAUUAUGCUUGAAGUUUGAGAAAGCAGAGCAAGGUGUUUUAACGUUUUCCAGCACAAUAGUUUGAACUUGAUGCUGUGUCUUAUGAACUAAAUUACAAACAAAUACUGUAUUUCCUGCUUUUAAACCCUUUCCUCACAAAUGCACACUAAAACAAAACAAAAACUGUCAGCUCUUGCUUUCUUUACAAAAAAAUAAAGUAAAUGCCUUAGUGACAAGGGGCAGACAUUAAGCUUUUCUGAAAUACAGUUUUCAAAAGUUCGUAUAUUUGCUAUUUGUCACUUUUCAGUCUGUGAAAAGGACCCUUCUUAUAUUUGAAAGCUGCUUGUUAUAGGAGUCAGACCAAGAAUUAAAAUUCUAGCUUAUAAAAAAAGUCUAGGAUUUGUUUGGUACUUCAGUCGUGAAAGGAGGUAUAAGAACUGCAAGUGUAGAUGAUAUGUUGUUAUGGAACAUAAAAACAUGCAGUCCAAAUUCUCAAAUGUAAAUUGCUUUGCGUUAGCUGUUUGAAAAACUAAAAAAAAAAAUAAUCACUGAUUUUAGCUAUAGCUUGCUCUUUGUGGUAGGACUGAAGUUUCUUAGUGAAAAUACAUGAUUACUGAUGUCAACAAUUCUGUGUUUCUGGCCAGACGUCAAUUAGCAGAUUAAAUCAGACCAUCUAGAAAGUCUUAAGUAGUUUUAAUUGCAUUAUGAAAAGCUAAAAUUCCAGUUAUUCUUUGAAUGCCUAAAAUUCUUACUGAUUGUUACAAGGUUAUAGAUUCUCAGGGGUUUCAGGUAAUUGCUAGCAGUGAAGUGGUUGCAGGAUGUUUGGGUGCAGACAAAAUCAGCUGAACCUACUCUGUGUUUCAGAACAGUUUAAUGAUCACUUUGUUACUAGAUAAAGCGUGUGAAUUGGACAUCCAAAAUGUGUAGUGGCUGACUAUAAAGUAGUUUCUGCUGCUGAUGCAUUUUUAAAUGCAUUUUAAAUGCCACGAUUUUUUCCAGUGUGACCUCAUUGAAAUACUUUUUAUCCUUUGAGGCAGAAAAUCCAUAUUAGUUUCCAUGUUACGCAUCUGUGUGUUUUAGCCUACAGUUGAUAUGAUUUUGAUACUGGACAGUGUACGCUAUUAAAGACCUAAAUCUGAUCAUUUGAAGGUUGGGAUAGAAAUCACUUGACAUGCUAUAAGCACAAGUGUAAGCGGACUGUUGCAGCCCAUCUUCAAAAGUAACCACACAGGCUCAUCAUAAAUAGUGUGGGGGUUAGUUGGCAUGAACCUUGGGGUUUUUUAUCUAAGUCCUGUUAUACUGUACUUUAAACAGUCCUCCUAACUAUGCUGCGUUUUUAUUUUUAUGGCUUUUUUUUGCGCUGUUCUGUUCAUGUAGCACAAAUAAGCAUUGCACUUGGUACCAUGCUUUACCUCAUUUCAAGGAAAAAAAUGCUUAACAGAGAGGAAAAAUGUGGUUUGGCCUUGCUGCUGUUCUGAUUUAAUGACUUUGAAAAAGAUAGUUUUUAAUGCCUGCAAUGUGUCAUUUACUUGCACAACUUAAAUAGGUCAUUUGUAACGUCUGUGGCAUUUUUACUGUACGUGGAAAAAUACAACAAAGAUGUGUCACAACUCUUGAUUGUAUUUUAAAGCUAUUAUUUUUCUACUACAUCAUUUUACUGUUAUGUGAAGUAAUUAAAAUUAGAAUGACCUCUGACUGACACUCCAGUAAUUAUCUCUGAACAAACCAACAUUUUACACGUAUAAUGUAAUUUCUGGGAGAAGACAGCCCCUAGUAAUUUGGUCAACCUCAACUAAAUGAAACUAUCCUGUCUGGAUAUUGAGUGCCCAGUAGUGACUUCUGAAGUGUUUGUUCAGCUUGAUGCUGCUAAAGUCCAUACAAAAAAAAGCCUACUAUUUUUAAGUAUCAUUACACAAUAGUAUGUUGCAACUGCUGAGUACAGAACUUGAACUAGAACCAGUUUUGGUGCUGGGGAGGAGAAUAGUGGUGGCCCAGGGAUGAGGUGCUGGAUCCUCAGCUGGUGCAAAUUGAUGUAGUAUCAUUUUAGUCAAUGGAACUGCAUUCAUUUACAUGCCUGAAGAUCUUGUAUGUAUGUUACAGAGUUUCAUUUUUCCUCCUUGUGAGCAAAUACAGAACCAUCAACUGGAAAAUGGGGGGGGUUUAUGUUACUGCAUAUGUUAUAACAUAUGCUACAUAUUCUAUGCAUUUUUCUGUACAGAAAAUGGAUUAUUUGUAUCCCAGUCACAGCAGUACACACAAUCCAAAAUUGACAAAUAGCAUUGUGGUCUGCUCUGAUACUGCACUUGACUCUGACAGUAUUCUGGGUUUGUUUUGGAUGGGGUUGCCCAUGAACGCAUUUUCAUGGAAAUCUCUGUAUUUUUCAUAUGAAUGAAGCAAGAAGCAUUUAGAUUUUCAGUACUUAAUUACUGACAUUGAUCCUUUUUCAAUUGCUCUAAUCUUCAAGAAGUUAAUUUCUUUACUUUCAUAUUAGAUUUUAAACUUUAAACACUACAGUUCAUGACCAUCAAAUGUAAUCUAAAUAUCAGCUGUAACUCAAUAUGAAUUAUGUUAGCAAAUAUCUAGAGGUCAUUGUAGUAUACUCCACUAGCAGUUAAAAUUAACUUCUAUCAAAGCUAACUACAAUUCUUAAAAAUAAAUUUCAUCCAAUAAAGUCCUUGGGGUUUUCCCUCUUAUUUGAAUGGCAACCACAGACUAUUUUAAUUGCUUUGUAGAUGCACUCAGAAUUUACUGCAGCAGCAAGUUGGGGAGAAAAAUGUUUGUGAACAAUAAUUGGAAAUUGCAGGCAUUUUUAUUGUAAAUAGUGUGACUGAAAAGAUGGUUAAAAUCAAGUAGAAAGAAUAACAAAUAUAAUUUGAUGGACAAUAAAAUAUUUACCAUCACAUGCUGCAGCUGUCUUUAAGGGACAUAAAAUGUAAUUCAUUCAUACUGUAAUCAUGCUGCAGAAGUUUGCAAUCUGCACCUUAUGGAUCACAAUUACCUUUAAUAGUUUUUUGUAAUAAUUGUAGCUGAGUAUAUCUUCAAUAAAGUUAUGGUCUGUUCACCUUG